AUGAUUAUUCAAUCGAAUUAAAAACUAAGUUAAAGGAUAUUCAACUCAAUGAUGAUUAAUAAGAUAUCCAAUUUUAGACCUUACAAAUUAAUACAAGACGAACCUUCGAUCAAUAAGAAAAUUAAGAUUGAAGACUAAUCCAUCACGUUGCCAUUGAACAUUUUCUAAUAAUUGGUCGAGAAGGCAAAAGAGGAAAAUUAAAAAAAGGAGGACACAAAGAAUCUCCUUAGAAACUUUGGUAAUGCUCUAAAUAGAUUUAUUUUGAAUAAUGAACAAGCCUGUAAAAUAAUAAAACAAUACAUUCCAGAAAGUAGCGUCCCUCAUUUCAAGAAGUGGGUUACAAAUUAAAAAUUAGAAAACUUUGAGCAAUUUAAACGGAUUUGGACUGUUGAUGACGAUAUCUACAAAAAAAUAUUCUCAGAAUUAUCAUUUGAGUUCUAUUCCAAAUAUGCUUAUUCCUAUGUAAUGCAUUCAUAGAUGAGAUCAGAAUCCACAAAAUUAACUCAUUUAAAGUACAUUACUAGAUUCUUGGAAGGAAUUGUCUCUCCAGACACCUUUUAUUAUUUUAAAAAGUGA